AUGUCAGAGCCUCACAAUCCCCCACUCAACUACGAGCCCUCGCUCACCACGACGCAUCCCUCCACCUCGGCCACACUACCACCCGAAGUGUCUCAAUGCCUCCAGAAUGCUCGCUUCCUUCAUCUCGCCACUAUCUCGGGUACGCAGAGCUCGCUGCCCACUCCUCACGUCUCUCUCAUGAACUACACCUUCCUCCCCAGCUAUCGUGCCACGGGACCUGUCAUCAUCAUGACCACCAAUGCUCGCUCUCUAAAGACAGAAAACCUGGUGCAUAACCCGCGGGUAUCGCUACUUGUGCACGAUUGGGUCAGCCACCGACCACCUACCUCAGCCAGCGUUGCAGGGGAGCGAUCGGGCAGUCCACCUGCAGCUGCGACCCGCUCCAGCCUGGCCACUCUGCUGUUGAACAUGAAUACCAGUGCGCUGAGCAGCAUCUCGACUACAAUCGCGGGCGAGGCACGUUUUCUGGAACAGGGGAGUGAAGAGGAGCGGUGGUGUAAAGAGACCCAUCUCGCAAACAACACCUUUGGGGAUCAGGCAAAAGAGGAGGCCGGUAUGUUUGGUGCACCGCUCCCAGAUCCGCAAGGUCCGGCUAGUAGUGGAUACGGCGAGGGGGACGAUGUGAGAGUCGUUGUGGUGCCAGUGAGGGAAGGGCGCAUUGCGGACUGGAAGGGCGGCGUGAAGGACUGGAGAGUGGUACUGGAGGGGCCAAGGGUUGGGAAUGGUGCAGUAGUGGAUGAGCAGGAGAGAGGAAGGCCACUACCGAACGGAAUCUUGGGGUAG